CGCGCAUCGGUCGCGCGAUCGACACCCCUCCGCGUCGUCAUGGCGUUCAGACACGCGACUCGGCGUCUCGCCGCCGCGGUCGCGCGGACGGACACCACCGCCGCGCGCGCGAUCUGCGCGCACCCGUUCGCGGGCGGCGGAUCGUGCGCGCUCGCGCGCGACAACGCGUCGUUCCGAGCCGCGGUCGCGUCCGCUCGCGCGCCGCGAUGGUCGCGAUCGUUCGCCGCGGGCGCUGAUUACCCGCCGUACCAGGAGAUCACGAUGCCCGCGCUGUCGCCGACGAUGACGCAAGGGAACAUCGCGGAGUGGAAAGUGAAGGAGGGCGACAAAGUCAGCGCCGGGGACGUCCUCGCGGACAUCGAGACGGACAAGGCGACGAUGGCGCUCGAAUCCAUGGAGGACGGGUACGUCGCGAAGAUCCUCCACGGCACCGGCGCGUCGGACGUCGAGGUGGGGACAUUAGUCGCGAUCAUGGUCGAAGACGAAGGAGACGUGGGUAAGUUUGGAGGGUUCACCGUCAGCGCGGCGGCGGCGCCCGCGGCUCGAACGGCGACUCCGGCGGCGGCUCCCGCGGCGGCGGCGCCCGCGGCGGCGGCGGCGCCCGCGGCGUCCGCGGCGUCCGCGCCGGUGUCCGCGCCGCGCCAUGCCGGCGCGCGCGUGUUCGCGACCCCGAAAGCGCGCGUCAUGGCCGCGGAGGCGGGCAUCGCGAUCGACCAGAUCGACGGCUCGGGGCCGGGAGGAAGGAUACUCAUGAGCGACGUCUCGCACGCGAUCGCGAACGGCGUCGCGCCGAGGGCGGCGGCGGGCUCCGCGGACGGCGCCGCGGACGGCUUCGCGCGAUUCUUCCCCCCGUACGAGGACGUGUCCGUGACGACGAUCAAGAAGGUCACCGCGGCGCGUCUCACGGAGAGCAAACGCACGGUGCCGCACUUCUACCUCAGCGUGGACGUGCGCAUGGACCAGAUCGUCUCCGCGCGCGCGAAGCUCAACGCCGGGAAGGAGAAGGGGAAAAUUUCCGUGAACGAUUUCGUCGUGAAAGCAGCCGCGUCCGCUCUCAAACAAGUGCCGGACGUGAACGCGUCGUGGAUGGGGGAUAAGAUUCGCGUGUACAAGAACGCGGACAUCAGCGUCGCGGUGCAAACGGACGCGGGUCUGAUGGUCCCCAUCGUUCGAAACGCGUGCGGGCUGGGCCUCUCCGGGAUCUCGUCGGAGGUGAGGGCGCUCGCGGGGAAGGCGAAGGAAGGGAAGCUCUCGCCCGCGGACAUGAUCGGCGGGACCUUCACGAUCUCGAACCUCGGGAUGUUCGGGAUCAAGCAGUUCGCGGCGAUCGUGAACCCGCCGCAGGCGGCGAUCCUCGCCGUCGGCGCGGCGAGGAAAGAGGUCGUGAAGAAGGCGGACGGGAGCGGGUACGAGGAGGCGCUCCUGAUGAGCGCGACGCUGUCGUGCGACCACAGAGUCGUGGACGGCGCGGUCGGCGCGCAGUGGCUCGGCGCGUUCAAGGCGUUCAUGGAGGAUCCAGUGACGAUGUUGUUAUGAUCGAUCGACGGUUCGACGUUGACGAGUAGACGUGUAACUGAUUUGAUGAAUUCUUUUUUUUUGG